AUGUCAAAUGAAGAUCACGAGCCCCCUCCUAUUCCACCUGACCCUGAAGGCGUCAGUACGCUGCAAAAUGCCCAUCUCAAGCCUACACGGAAGAAGGCCUUCCGUUUUCUACCAUCUAGUGAUGUGCUCCUUCUUAAGGAGGUCACUGCACAUACCCCUUGGGCGGCUGCGCACGGAGAGACUAACACUGCUUGGACGACCGUCGCAAAUGAACUCAAAAACGCAAUCUCAGCUUCUACUGCAGACGACAAAGCUUGCAGGCGUCGAUUCACAGCUCUACUCGACACUUUUCGACGCGAGGAGAUGAAAUCGCUUCGCGUGUCAGGCACUGCUGAAGAGUACCGUGAACGCGAGCAGCUUCUCACCGACUGCCUGGAAUUGGAGAAGGCUAACAAGAAGAAAAGGAAGCAGCGAGACGCGAAGCUGCGUCCAGCCAAGUAG